UAUAGAAGAACACUCGAAUCAAGGGAGACACCGAACAAACUCAUCUUACAUCAUGCUACAUGUGAUGACGAGUCCACAAAUCAAACCAAAGGAAUCGGGGAACCCCCUUCAAAAUGAAAGUCCAAGCAAAGACCAAGACCAUGAAGAUGUAACAAGCUUUAGCUGUCGUUUGGUCAACAUUCCUUUUGUCUUUUAUUAGCUAGUGGCAACUCAAGGAAACGGGGAACACCCUUCAAAAUCAAAGUCCAAGCGUAGACCGAAGACCAUGAAGAUGUAAGAAGCUUUGGCUGUCGUUUGGUCAACAUUCUUUUUGUCUUUUAUUAGCUAGUGACAACUCAAGCUUUUAUAUCAACUUGGUAUGACUUUUAAGUCUGGAGGUUGAAGACGAACCCCCCUUUGUCUAAGGUGCGACAUGACGUCACCGUUGGUGAAGGACGAGUAAGACAAUCAAAACAAACCUUACAGUGAACUAAACAACUAAGCAAACCAAAUAUCCAACUUCAGUCCAAAUUAGAAAGUAGUCCAGAUGUGACGUACAGACACAACUACAGGGUGGCGACCAAAGUUAAUUUCUCACAAUUUAAGAUGUAACCAUAACUCAUGACUCAAACAUGGUGGAAUCACUACAAACUUUGAAUGACAUUGCGGACUAAUUGAGGAUAUAUAUUCAAGCUAUUCGUUGCUAUUCACAGCUCUGUGGUAAUCGUUGAUGUAUUCAAACUAAGGCAGGCUACUGAACUGCAAAACAGGAAAAACGAUGAGUGACCCCGCGAGUAGAGACAGCAAUAUUAGGGAGAGAAAAAGAUCACUAGCAUGGAUUACGGCUGCUUCAGCAACGCACUUGGAACUUGGUCUGACUGCAGAACAACGUAUCUGUCUGUACAGAGAAUGCUUAGCAGUAGCCCAGGAACACAGUGAUGAGAAGGUCAUUGGUCUUUGUACUUCUGCUUUGAAUACACUAGAUGACCACAUCAUGAGUGAUUUCAGGAAGAGCACUACAGGAGCGGAAUGUGAAGAUAAGGAGGAUGACAUGACCACUUACAUGAUAUUGGCGAUAGGGUAUGCCCACUUGGAGAAAGAAGAAUAUGAUGAUGUUAUAUUAAACAGUAAAAGAUGUCUUGCCAUGGCACAAGCAUCUGGUGAAAAAGUGGUUGAGAUGAAAGCGUACGAGAUGUUAGGUGAUGCCCACUUGAAGAAAGAAGAAUAUGAUGAUGCUAUAUCAUACGGUACAAAAUGUCUUGCCAUCGCACAAGCAUCCGGUAAAAAAGUGGUUGAGAUGAAAGCGUAUAUGAUGUUAGGGGAUGCCCACUUGAAGAAAGAAGAAUAUGAUGAUGCUAUAUCAUACGGUACAAAAUGUCUUGCCAUCGCACAAGAAUCUGGUCAUAAAGUGGCUGAAAUGAAUGCGUACAAGACGUUAUUGAAUGCCCAUUUCGAGAAAGAAGAAUAUGAUAAUAUUAUAUCAUACAGUAAAAAAUAUCUUCCCAUCGUACAAGAAUUUGGUAUUAAAGUAAAUGAGAUGAAUGCGUAUAAGAUCUUAGCGGUUGCGCACAUGGACAACCAAGAAUAUGAUGAUUCUAUAUCAUACAGUAAAAAAUGUCUUGCCAUUGCCCAAGAAUCUGGUAAUAAAACACUUGAGAUGUUUGCGUACAUGAUGUUAGGAAAUGCUCACUUGAAGAAAGAAGAAUAUGAUAAUAUUAUAUCAUACAGUACAAAAUAUCUUACCAUCGCACAAGCAUGUGGUGAAAAAGUGGUUGAGAUGAAAGCGUACAUGAUGUUAGGAGUUUCCCACUUGAAGAAAGAAGAAUAUGAUGAUGUAAUAUCAUACGGUACAAAAUGUCUUAACAUCGCACAAGAAUCUGGUGAAAAAGAAGAAGAGAUGAAUGCGUACAUUAUGUUAGGAAAUGCCCACUCGAAGAAAGAAGAAUACGAUGAUGCUCACUCCUUCUUUACAGAAGCCGAGACAAUUGCGAGGGAACUAGAGGACAACCACAAAGUCUCACAUCUUGGAAUACGUAUUAACGAGAUUUAUGAAAUAGUUGGCGUGUCUGAAGGACAUAGUGAAUUAUCAUCACUCCUGAAGACGUUUUUAGGUAGUGUUCAGAAAAAUGAAAGUCUUUUCCAUUCGUUUUUUCGCUUCUUGCAUUAUAAAGAAAACGACAAAUACGAGGAAGCUAUUUCAUGUCUUGAGGAUUUUAUGGCGCACGGAAAGAACAGUAUCAAUGAAGAUGAAUAUCGUGAACUAUUAUGGACUUGUAACUUAAACAUCUCAAAGUUGCAUGUGUUACUUAAGGAGUACGAUAAGGGUAUACAGUAUCAACAAGAAGCACUUGAUGUCGCACGCAAACAGGGCUCAAAGUCCAAACAGGCAAUGUCCCAUUUUAUCCUAGGCAAAGUGUAUUAUAAACUUAAACAGUUUGAGAAUGCAGAGAAGCCAUUGAAAGAAUCGUUAAGAUGCUAUGAAUUGAUAUUUGUUGGUCUUAAGCAAAACGAUCGAUUCAAAAUAGCUUUCAUUGAUAAAUACAAAGAGACUUUCAAGCUGCUUCUAAAGGUUCUUAUUGAAAGAAAUAAGAAAGAAGAAGCUCUGGUAUUGUCUGACCAAUAUCGUGCAAAAGCCCUGAAAGAUCUCCUUGUUUCAAGCUAUGGAAUGAAGAAAGAACAAACUGCUGAUGAGGAUUUACAGUACGCCGAUGUCCAGUCUCUUGUCUCCAGCAGUGAUUACACUCUUCUGUUUUAUUCAACGUGUUUUGACGAGUUGUACACGUUUGUAGUAGAGGCAGGAAACGAGCUUGGAUUUUCAGUCCAACAUUUUGAAUACUGUGAUACAUGUUUAGACAAGCUCGUUGAUGAAACAUUUGAAGAUAUGAAAGUGCGUCAAGUAAUCCACUGUGAGGACAGAUCAUUAGACAACAUGCACUACUCUGAAGAAAACAAGAAUCCAAAAGAAGAUGAAUUAACGCAGCUGUUGAUUCAACAGAGAGAAAAGAGAUUAUCAGAACAAUGCCGUUCUACUUGUGUAUGCAGAGGAAACCCAUCGGAAAACUGCGAUGAGAGCAGCCUGACUAGUGGCCUGGAAAAAUUGUAUCAAAAGUUAAUAAACAAUAUCAAGUUUUUGAUUAAGCAAGACGAAAUGGUCAUUAUUCCUGAAGGUCCCUUGUGCAGAUUACCAUUUGCUGCUCUACGGGACCCAGACACGGGACAAUAUUUGUCAGAAACGAAGCGAAUAAGAAUGGCUCCUUCGAUUGCAUCUUUAAAGUUCCUUCAAGAGUACCCAGUAGAGCAUCACUCCAGAAACGAGGCAUUGAUCAUUGGCGGUGGCUCCGUUGAUCCAGGCAAGGUGGAUGGAGUUAAAACUGAAUUUAUCCCCUUAGAAGGCGCAGAAGAAGAAGCAAAAGGAAUAGCUAACAUGCUUGGAGUUCAGCCGUUAUUGUCAGCUAACGCUACGAAACCCGUUGUCAUAAAGAGACUACAAGAAGGAGCGUCUGUUGUUCACAUCGCUGCCCAUGGUAACCUGGAAAAGGCCACAAUCGUACUUGCUCCUUCUUCUGAGAUAAGAAAAUUAAAGCGGAUCCCAGAUGAAGAAGAUUACAUGCUGACCAUGGCUGAUGUACAGCAGACUCACGUACGUGCACAGUUAGUUGUGUUAAGCUGCUGUGAAAGUGGGCGUGGUGAGAUUAAAGCUGAAGGAGUAGUUGGCAUGUGUCGCGCCUUUCUCGCGUCAGGUGCUCGUGCUGUGGUAGGUUCCCUAUGGAAAAUCAACGACAAGGCUACUUGUGAGUUCAUGGUUAAGUUUUACAAGUAUCUGAAGGACGGCAAGAGCGCUAGUACAAGCCUAAAUCUGACGAUGAAGGACAUGAGAAGAACGCCACAAUACAGUGAACCAAAGUAUUGGGCUCCUUUCUUUUUGAUGGGCGAUGAUGUGACGAUCCAGUUCAAAGAUUAGCACAGUAAAGAUGAAAUUGAAACAUUUUUUGAGGAAAUUCUCCUUUGGACAUUAUUUCCUUAAACAGUGAGUAAAAUAUAACAAUUACCAAGUUUAAAGAUUCAAAGGAUUAACAGUAUGUAUUCACUUUAGUGCAAAAGGCUCUUUUAGUUGGGAGGGGCGUAGAUCAAGAACACGGAAGCGAGGUCAGAGAGGCAUAGAGAAUAUAAUGUUCAAGAUUCUUGCUUUAGUAUCAUUUUCUUAGUUUCCUUGUUAUCAUCAUGUCAGUACCUCACAGCUAAAAGGGUUUUGCUACUGUAUAUAUGAAAUAUUUAGUGUGCGAUAAGUUAGAACUAUAUAAAGCACCUAGUCUAGGACACCGACCCUGAUAACGAGAGUUAACUGUAUUGAUGGGUACCUUCAUGUAACCAAUAUUGAAUGACAUGUACCUGUGAAGGUGUGAGGUGUGAAUUGUAGAGUACCUGAACUAGCUCAUGGUAUGUUGGUAGAACAUUAUUAGUCAGCUUUACUUUCUCGUUUUAAACCUUUUUAAAAAUUAUUUCAUUAUUAAUAAGGUUUGCAUAAUGAUUUAGGAUUGGAUUUUGACAAUGUACUUCAGUCAAAUUUCUAGCAAGCAUUGAAUGCUUAUCACAAUUAGUUCAAGUCGGGGGAAAUCUUAACUAUUAAUAAGAAAAAGUUGGUUCAUUGAACUAAUCUAAUUUAGUCUAAGAGGAUGUAGGGAUUCACUGUUUGGGUGGAGGGUAACAAUGUUGCCAGUUUGAUGAGGUUCUCAAGCCCUAUUCUAUCUGUA